CCUGGCGUUGCAGGUGCAGCAGGUUUGUGUGAGGCGCAGAGUGAUGCGGAGCUUGGGAAGAUGGCGGACUUCUUGAAAGGAUUGCCAGUCUAUAAUGAAAGCAACUUCAGCCGAUUUCAUGCAGAUUCAGUUUGUAAAGCUUCGAAUAGACGACCAUCUGUAUACCUCCCAACACGCGAAUACCCAUCGGAACAGAUCAUUGUAACAGAAAAGACCAACAUAUUGCUUCGGUAUCUCCAUCAGCAGUGGGACAAAAAGAAUGCAGCGAAGAAAAGGGACCAAGAACAAGUGGACGUUGAAGGCGAGAGUUCGGCCCCACCAUGCAAAAUUGCUCGCACAGACAGUCAGGACAUGAUUGAAGACACUUAAUCCUUUGUCCACAAGAUGCAAGUGCUUCCCUUCUCAUCAUGCAAUGUCUUACAGUCUCUCCACCAUGCAGCCCUUCAUUUGUAUAUCAUAGGAGCACCUUUAUUUAUUUGCGUGUAAUUUAUGGUCUGGGUGAGGGAGGCAGGGAGGGAGGGAAGUGGAGCAAGUGAACCAUGCAAAAGCACUCCAGUCACGAUCAGCAAUUGAUCAGUCUGCUCGAGGGUUUCACAGAGGUUUCCGAGACACAGGCUGAGUUGGAUUAGCUCAGUGUCUGAUUAAAAAGUGUGUAAUAGCCUAGGAGUCAGAACCUUGCAGUAUGCAAUGACGUGGUCCUGAAGUGCAGCUGGAACACAACUGUACUGUCCACAGUAUUUAUGCUUGGAUCUUCCUGAUUAUUGAUACAUAGCUAUCACUGUCAUCAACCUUUUCCCCUUGACCGAUUUGCAGUUCUGUUUAUUGUGAAGCGUAGUGCAGUGUUCAGAAACUGACAGGUAUGCUUGUGUCAAAGUUUAUAACUUGAGCAAGCUGUUUAAUUAGAUCUUGCCCUCACCCAAAAGCAAAACCCAGUCCUCUGCAUAGCUGUGUUUGGUUAUUAAGAUUCCACUCCCUCAUUUCCCACCUCCCACACUUGUUUCUGGUAUGAGAGAUGGGCAAAGAUUGAGCUGAAAAAUCCCAGAUUAGCCUUUGGUUCAGGACAUGGCAAGAUUCGUAUGACAAUCUCUGAACGCCUUGGUGGAAAGAGCCUGGCAGCACAUUGGAAGUGGGUCAUUCGUACCGGAGCUCCUGAAACUGUUGGCAUUUGAACUAUGUGCUGAUCCCAUGUGCCAUUUGGUUUUACAAUCAGUUUUUAUUUUAAGGGAAGCCACAUUGUAUGGGUUUGUUUCUUUUUAAAAUAAAUGUUUUUGAAGUUCGAAGAGUUAACAUUGCAAGUGCUGGGAAGUUGAUUCAAAUUCUCAGGGUGUGAAGAAACUUGGUGCAAGAAAACUGCAGUUCAGGUAACAUUUCAAUCCUGAAAUCAUGAUAUCGCUGUCCUCUGCCCUUGUAUAAUGUUAAUUUGUCCACUGUUUUAAUGCAGGCAUUGAAUUUCUUAAGCUGGGUGUGACAUGACAGUGUACCUUACGACUGCAUUAAGUUAUUCCAGUGUUAACAUCAUGCUGGAACUGCUCUGUUGGAUGAACUUUUUCUAAGAAAGUUUUGGUUAGGCUUGAAUAUUGGCAGAGAAAAAUUGAUCUCCUUUGCACUACAUCACCGUGGAAACUUGGCUUCGAAGAGCAGUGUCUACUUAACUGAGUUGCCUUUUGCAGAAGAAAUGUAUUCCACUGCUUUUUCAAGAUAGAACCUUAAUGUGAUCGAUGUGACUGGAGUGGGUCUGGACACGUACAGCGAAGAGAGGAAAUUGGGUUUUGCGGUUAGUUUGAUUAGCAUUGCAACAGUGUCUCCUGGUGCAUUAUGCCUGUAUCAUGGACUUGUUGCUGAUAGUUCCUUGUUGACAGGUAAAAAUUUGGAUAGAUGAGCAAUUGGCUUCAGUUCCAGUAGCAUUAGACCUCUCUAGACGACAGCAUCGAGUUUGACUAAGGUGGUGCUUUGCCAGGGCCACUGGGAUCUUUAUUUUGUGGUUGUGUGCCCCUGCUUCCACCUGAAUUUUGAGUCGUCUUUUGUGUUGAAUCCUCUAUUACCAUUACCAGCAAAUUGUAAUGUGAUCAGAGGGUCCUUUAACUGUUCCUCUUGCUGGUAAUGCCAUAUCUAUGGGCUGUGAUAACUGUUAAGAAGUAGUACUUGUUUCUUUUUUAAUCAAAAAUAAUGGAAUUUGAGUGAAUGAUUACCAGGGAAAGCGUACAGUGAUACAUUGCUUAGAGGGGAAUUGUUUGGUAGUUCAUUUCUUCCAUUAUUCCUGGUCCUGUGAUGGCCUCUAGUGUUUCUCCAUAUUUUGGCUUCCAAAGGAGUCAUGAUAUAAUUUUGUUUUGGGAUGGUGGUUUUAUUUUUAAUGAUAAAUAUAUUAAGAGCUACUCUGCUCCAUGUGUGAGCUGGAUCAUCAGUAUGAAUAGAGGCUGCACUUUGCAGUGCCGGAGGUUAGCACUCCUUUGAAGCUUGGCCUUGCUGUCAGCCCUAUCUGGUGCUAUGACCUUGGGUCUUGAUGGACUAUAGAGUUUGUUUCCUUGUGCACAGAGCCUUGAUUUGGGGAGUGGACAACAUAAUAGUGAUAUGGUUCAUUAGCAGAUAAAGUUAUGCUGAACUCUUGCAGCUAAAAAAAUCAUGCAGUCUUCAUUGAAAAACUGCAACUGUUUAAACAUUUCAGACGUGACUACCCUUUCCCAAUAGAUGCACUGGACCCUCACCUACUGUAACACUGCUUCCCCCCACUGCUCUUCCAAAAGUUCCCUUGCUUCUUUCCCUUUCAUGGCUUUAAACAAUUAAAUAUUGGUGAAGAUGGAGAGUGCACAGACUGGAACCUGACAGAAUGUGCGAAUAGUCUUCCUCCCAUCAAACUGUGGAAGGAAAGGCCCGCAUUAUGUGAGGGGUCACAUGGAUCUGAUCUCAGCUGUGGGCUCGAGUUUUUCAUUCAAAUUUGUACAGUUAGUAACUUAAUUUAUCUCCUGCAGUAACAUUUCUGUACAUUACAAAAAUUACUGUAUUUUAGAAGCGUGUCAUUCAUUUCAAGAGAAAGCCUCGAUAGAAAUGCAAAUCUUUUCAAAGCAGAUCAGUUAAGAGUAGCCACUGCUACAGUCACUCUGGACGUGUUUCUUUUGUCACUAAUAGGUUAUUUCUGCACCUACCGGUGAGCUGACAUUGUCUACUUUUCCUUUAAAGCAUUUGACUGGCUUCUAAAUCCGCAGUACCCAAAAAGCACUCAACCCAACACCUGAAUUAGCAGCCUGCCUCUCUCAGCCUACCAGAGAGGUAUGUGGGUUGGAGUGGGUAGUAGGUAAUAAUGUGGUUCUGUCAUACAGGAUUGAGAGGAGGUGGUGCUGUUCCUUGUCGAGGUAGCUGUAUCAAAAUGAAGAGUACAGUAGAAACUGCCCCCCCCAUUGGGUCAAAUGUUGAAGUAUUCUGUCCAGUUUUUCUGUGGUGGGAAGGGCUCAGAAACGCUCAGAAACUCAGCGCAUUUUUUGAAUUCCUGCUUUUGAAUCUUCCAGGCCAUUGGAAGCGGUAAUCUGCCAAAGCUCAUAACAGAAUCCUGUAAAGGUGAGGCUUGCAUGUGAGUGCAGGGUUAAGCAUUCAUAUUGUCCGCUUUGCCAGAAAUGAGUUCUGCCCCAGUACAUCAUUGGAACAGUGUCUCACCAGAUGGAGUUAAGAAAAGCAAUAGUCCUAGCCUAUUGAGCAGGGAGGUGGGGGACCCAGUAAAUGUCUGGUCCUUACUAAAGUGCAGCAUGUCCUGCUGGAUGAUGUAUGUGCCCCGCAAUGUGUAGAGGUCAAGUGUGGCUCACUGCAUUUCUCCCAUUCCAGCCUCCUGUUUCCAAUAGCUACUGUGUUAGUGAAUCACUCUGUCUCAUUGGACCAUGCCCCUUUUAUCUGAAUGUUCCCAAUAUUUCAGCCAAACUGCUUGUGGUAGCCCUGGACUGCAAAAUUUUCAUGAAUCUUGGAGUGCCGUUUGUGUUCUAACCACCUUCAGCUCCACCCUCCCACCUUCUGUUUUUAUGCUUUCUCCCUCCUUCCUACAACACCCACCCCUCCCAUUUCUCUUAACCUGGCAUGAGUUAGGUUUCUACCAGACUCUGCGUGUAGCUGUUUACUACCAGCGGUUAGAGCUCUUCCAUGCCGACACUGCGCCGUACCCCCCCACCCCUUCAAACUGUCAUUGACCGGUAGAGGUUUCCCCCUUGGCCCUUGAAGAAAUGUUUGAAUUCCCAAAGUUUAAAUCGAGGCACUAGAAUCAUGAGCUUUUGGUCAUCCAUUAUUUUAAAAUAAUCUUAAGCACUGUCAUCCCAACUCCCUGCAAGUACAAAUGACACUACGGUGAGUAAAGGCUCUCGGUUUAUAAGUAUGUUCUGCAGCGGAGUCCCCUGAAGGCUGUGAAGAUGGUUCGCAUUCACAGCUCCAGCCCUUGUUAAAUAAUAUAGUCAAUCACGGUCUCUCUUCCUUCGACCACCUUUAACCUUGCCCUGCAUGAACUCAAUGAGCUGCUACCAAUCAAUAGCUGGCUUUUAUUGAAUUUUUAAGAAAUAAAUAAAAUGUCACGGAAAACUUGUAAUAAAGGUGUUUAUAAAUGUGAAGAAUGUAUAUUUACUUUUUUUGUAAUACUGUGCCCAGAUCAGUGUGAUUACUGAGCUGAUCAGAUCAGAGCACAUUUCAGUCUUGAAAACAGACUGAAUGAAAAAGGCACAUUAUUUCCUGGACUGUUCAACUGCGAGACCUAAAUUGGAUGGGAUAUCGCUAUUUUCACUUUCCCAUAACUGCUCCCUGUACCCCUAUAGUGGGAAGCAUUGACUCCUACUCUGUGGAUGACUCUCUGAUUUUACACCCAUCCUGCGUUGUCAAGGGCUGGCGAAAAUUGAGGUUUAUCCUAAUUCUGUUCUCAUUGGACAUCCUAUUCAGAAUUUUGCUGUGCAACUUUAGAACAAGGUUAUUUUCUAAUUCAAGAUACUGCAGCAGUCCACUCAAAACCAGGAAUAAUUCUAAGCAGAAUGAAGUAACUGGUUUAGGAUUGGCUGUGUGCGUUUGGGCGGGCGGUUGUGUCGAGACAGAAGGGAGAAGAGCCAGGCAGGAUCAUUUAUAUUAAGCUUCCAGCUGGCUUCUUGGAUAAUGUGUAUUGCCAGAGUAAUCUUUAAUUAUCCAUUGUCCGAGCAGUGUGGAGAGUGGUUUCUAAUCCAGGGUCCCAAACUUGGAAAUACUUCCAGGAUAAAUCUUUUCCUUUCUGUUCUACAAUUUCUGUUUUAUUCUGUGUAAUUAUCCAGUUCCUGGUUAAUUUUUAUUGCAUUUUACAGAUCAUUCCUUUCUUCCAGUGAAUAACUGGCCUGGCCUCCUUUUGGAUAUUGCAGUAGGUGAUCAUUGAGAGGACGUCUUUAUUUAUAGUGGGAGUGGCAUGGAGGGGGCUGCUGCAACUGACCAACAUGUCCUCAUCUGACACAUGUAGGACUUGCUGGAUAAUGAGCGGAAACUCCUUUCUUUAUUCUCAUCUUGACACUUCUUGAAAACAGCGCAGGACUAGCGAUGCAAAACAGAUUUUAACAGCUUCUUCCACUGCUUUUUGCUGUCAACUCCAACUACGGCUGAGGAUUUAAUCAGGAGUGCUGUCCUUUGUGUGGCUAGGAAGCAAAAAGUGAUAUUUGGGGCAGUAAGUUUGGAGGUGGUGAGGUGCGUUGGCGUUGCUAUAAUAGGGUCUCUCAUGUUCCCCUUUUGAAAUAGAACAGCGAGUGAAAUAAGAUAUGUGCUUGAUUAGGUCACAGUGAUUACCCUGAUCUGGUGUACGUCGCUCUCUGAAUUUGUACAAAUUUUUUUGAGCUUUCUAUUGUGGAUUUAGCAAACAAAAGCUGAUGUAACUUCUAGAUGCAAAUUAAAAUAUUUUGACAAAUACCA